AUGUCUCGUCUACCGUAUAAAGCUUUUCUAAUAUUUUUAAAAUCCGAAUUAAAAAUAGUGACUCAAUUGAAUGUUUUAUUUCAAAGUGAUAAUAUUGAACCAACAAACUAUGAAUUUCGAUCUAUUGCUGAAUAUUUAAAUCCAACAGACUUAAAAGAUGUAAAAGAACGAUGUAAAAACUUCUGGUGUGUCUUAGAAAGUGAAAUCCAAAGUAGAUUGCCUGAUAAUUUAAAUAGCUUUGAUAGGACUGCAUUGUACGGUAAUAAAGACGAUGUUGAAUCUGAGUGGAAUAAACUGCAAAAUAAGCCAUGGUCUAAUGUUAACACUUCAGAGAAAUUUUUUAGUGAAGUUUAUGAUGAUUGUGAUUCUGCUGGACAUAAUCGGUUUGGGAACGUCGCAAAAUUUGCAAUGGCUCUACUGACUGUGCCUACUUUAAAUGCUAGCGUGGAACGCGCUUUUUCAACUUACAGUAUUGUUAAGAGUAAGCUACGAAAUAAACUCUCGUUAGAUUUGCUACAAAAUUUAAUGAUGUUAAGAUUUAGCCUACAAAGAAAUUAUGGUUCAUGCGUUAAUUUUAAUCCAUCUCCUAAUAUGUUAAAAAAAUUCAACGUUAAAAUGUAUGAUUUUAAAGAUUCAAAAAGUGAACAGGAGCAAAAAGAAGCUGAUGACUUGUUCUUGGCUUUAAAUGACUCAGCUAUUUAA